AUGAUCUUCGGCAGCCUUGCCUUCGCGGCACGCCAUGAGCGAACGCCAGAGGAGAGGAAGCUCGUUAGGAGACUGGACAUAUUCUUGAUGACGUUCGGUUGCAUUUCACAGGUCAUCAAAUACCUUGACCAGACGAACAUCAGCAACGCAUACGUUUCUGGCAUGAAAGAAGACCUCAACCUCUACGGCAAUGAGCUCAACUACUUCACAACGUACUUCAACGUUGCCUACUGCAUCAUGCUUAUUCCCUCCCAAAUCAUCCUGACUUACGUGCGACCGAGCUACUGGCUCUCUGGCCUCGAGGUCCUAUGGGGCAUCAUCACAGGCAUGAUCGCCCUCACCAAAAACGCGCAACAAGUCUACGCGCUCCGCGUUCUGCUCGGCCUCUGCGAGAGCAGUGCGUGGCCCGGCAUGAUGACGCUACUGAUGCACUGGUACACCCCGUCCGAGUUGGCCAAGCGCAUGGGAUUCUAUCACUCGUGUCAGGCGGUGGGCUCCAUGAUGUCGGGUGCGCUGCAAGUUGCCAUUAGAAGCUCCAUGCAUGGGCUACACGGCAUGGCCGGCUGGCGCUGGCUUUUUGUCGUGAAUGCCAUCAUGACUGUGUGCGUCGGCGCUGCGGGCUUCUUCCUUCUUCCAGAUACACCUAACAACCCCAACCCCCGCGCGUUUUGGUUCAAGAAGGGGCACGCAGAGCUUGCUAUGGAGCGGUUGGAGCGUCAUGGUAAAGCAGAGCCCAAAAAGAUGACAUGGGCCGCUGCCAGGCGUGCAUUUAAGAGUUGGGUAAUCUAUUUCGUACCCGUUCUGUACAUUGCGACUGUCCUCUUGUCGUAUGGCAAUAACUACUUCGGCCUGUUCCUGAAGGCCUUGAAGAAUCCGGAUGGAACCCCCAGGUGGUCGACGUCCGAAGUGAACGCCAUUCCCAUUGGUGGAAGUGCGAUUAAUGUGGUUUUCGUCUGGAUCUGGGCAAUCUUGUCGGACUUGUUCAUGACACGAUGGACUCUCAUCGUUGUUCAAGCUGUAAUUGGCAUUGCAUGCUGUAUCGCGAUGAGCGUCUGGUCCUCACACCCAACUACGACACCGCUCGCCACAGCCUACGCGUCCAACUUCAUCCUCUUCACGGCAAUGGGAACCGCGCCUCUCAUCUUCGCAUGGCUGGCCGAUAUUCUACCCCAUGACCCCGAGGCGCGGACUCUUAUCGUCGGAGUCGCCAUCGCGGGAUACUACGCCAUCUCCGCUUGGUCGCAGGUUCUGGUAUGGCCAGCAACUCAGGCACCGUAUUACAAGUACGCCUGGCAGUCAGCUAUUGCCAUUGGUGUCCUCGUCAUUAUCAUGACGUGUGUACUUCGUUACAUUGAUGCAAAGCAUCUCGAGCCCAAGAGAGAGCAGUUCAGAGCUACUAUUAUUGAGGCCGCUGAGGCGGGUGAUAGGGACGCAGCGGAUUCGAUCGCUCGCGAUUCCGUCGACCGGAAAGCGAAGUCAGCUGCCAUUGUGCCGGAAGUCUAA